UGCUCGUCGCCGUUCAGAAAGCAUUGUUUAAGGUCACAUGUCUCGAUAGAAAAAUGAGAUGCAUAAAUAAGGGGGAGGAAGAAAAGUCGGCUUUUUUCUCAUAAAAGUCCAAACUAGCUGUGUGCUUUUGGAUCAUCUAGGACCCUAUAAAUAGGGUCGUUUCUUGGCGGGUUUAUUGUACGUUGCAGAGGAAGCAAAAGCAACCCUUCAGAUCUCCCUGUCUUUCUUCUCUGUUCUCUUCUUUCUAUCACUCUAUUUCCUUUCUUACAUCGGGUUUAUAAUGGCCGAGAUACCUAAUGGAAAUCACACUGUUGUGAGUGUGAAAGGCGGAGAUGCCACCGAUAUUCCUCCGCCGCCGGCCGCCAGUUCGUUCAAAGACGUCGACCUCGGUUGCUCUGUUCCUUUCAUGCAGAAGCUGAUGGCGGAGGCAUUGGGCACAUUCUUCUUGAUCUUUGCCGGAUGUGCAUCGGUGGUGGUCAAUUCCGACGAGAACAAAGUGGUGACACUUCCAGGGAUAGCAAUUGUGUGGGGUUUGGCCGUGACGACUCUGGUUUACUCUCUUGGUCACGUUUCCGGAGCCCAUUUCAACCCUUCCGUUACAAUUGCUUUUGCUAGCUGCAAGAGAUUUCCUCUCAAACAGGUCCCGGCCUAUAUGGUAGCUCAGCUUCUUGGAUCAACACUGGCUGCCGGUACUCUUCGAUUAUUGUUCACCGGAAAGAAUGAUGUUUUUUUUGGAACAUCCCCGCAAGGAUCAGAUUUGCAAGCUUUUGUGAUGGAGUUCAUCAUCACAUUCUACCUCAUGUUUAUCGUUUCCGGUGUUGCCACCGACAACAGAGCGGUUGGAGAAUUAGCAGGACUGGCUGUUGGCUCCACUGUGCUGAUUAACGUGUUGUUUGCAGGGCCAAUUACAGGAGCAUCAAUGAACCCUGCUAGAACCUUGGGGCCUGCAAUUGUAUCGAACCACUGGAAAGGGAUAUGGAUAUAUCUGACCUCACCAAUUCUUGGGGCGGUAUCAGCGGCAUGGGUUUAUAACAUGUUCAGGCACACAGACAAGCCAUUGUGUGAGAUCACCAAAGCUGCCUCUUUCUUCAAGGGUGAAUCACAAAGUUAACAUGAAUCAUAAAAGGGGUUUAGUCCUUAUUGUCAAGGAUUUAGGGGCUUGUGUUAAAUUUAUGUACAAGACGUAAAUUUAGCAUUUUCCUGUUAUGAGAAUUAAUUCAUGCAAAGCAUGACAUCGACAGAAAUAAGAAUCAAGUCCACCUUCUAUUGAUGUUUUUCUUCUCUUUAAUGAAUAAAAGAAUAUGCUUUUA